AUGGGCAAGGCUGUUUCCAAGCUGUGUAGCUCUGGCAACAAUGCCAACUCGGGGGCUAUUUGCCAAGGUCAAGACAUUCUCGAGUACAUCCACGAUGCAGUGAUUGGAUGCAACCAGAUUGUGACGACGCCGUUUGGCGAUCGGGUCAUGCUCUAUGCCGACUACACGGCGUCGGGGCGGUCGCUGCAGUUUAUCGAACACUACAUGCGAAACGAGGUGCUCCCGCUGUACGGCAACACGCACUCGUCCAACACGGCUACGUCGAUGCAAACAUCAUCGUUUAUGGCGGACGCGCGGUCGAUUAUUCUGGAGGCGGUGCACGGUUCGGCGUGCGAGGACGUGGUCCUCUUCACCGGCUCGGGCUCAACAGGCGCGAUUCUCAAGGUGGCGCGCGUGCUAGGGCUCGAGCCGUCGCACUGCGCGUGGAACGAGACCAAGAGCAUGGAGCUGCAGGACUCGUACCAAGCUGUGGUCUUUACCUCGCUCAUGGAGCACCACUCGAACUUGCUGCCGUGGCGCGAGUCCGGGGCGCACGUUGUCCUCAUCGGGCUCGACGAGUUUGGCGAGCCGGACAUGGACGAGCUCGCCGAGAAGUUGGAAUUGUACGCAUCGCGGACCGAGCUGCUCAUCGGAUCUUUCUCCGCAGGCUCGAACGUGACCGGCCGGAUGACGAACACCAAGGCGAUUACCGAGGUUCUCCGCGAGUACGGGGCACUGGUCAUGUUUGACUACGCUGCGGCGGCGCCGUAUGUCGACAUCGACGUGUCCGACAAGGAUGCUGUGUUCAUCUCGACCCACAAGUUUGUGGGCGGGCCGGGGACGCCGGGCGUGCUUGUGGCCAAGAAGAAGCUGUUUGGCUCCAAGUCGUGCGCGGACCCAGGUGGCGGAACGGUGUUUUGGGUGACGGCCGACGACCAUGCGUACCUCGAGGCUGUGGUGUACCGCGAGGAGGGUGGCACGCCGGACAUUCUCGGCGCCAUCCGGGCCGGACUUGUGUUCCAGCUCAAGGCAGCGGUGACGCCUGCAGCGAUCCACGCGCGCGAGGCCAAGUACCUUGCCAAGGCGCGCAAGGCGUUCAGAGCCAUGGACAACGUGCACAUUCUGGGAGCGUCGUCAGCAGAGCACCUGACCAUUUUCUCGUUCCUCAUCUCUGUUCCGUGGCACACUCACCUCGACUCGGCGCGGUCGGCUCUCUCAGGCGCCGGUACGUCCGAGUCGUCCGUGCCCGACGCCGGGCCCGACGACCAUCCGAACCUGUACCUCCACCACAACUUUGUCUCAGUCCUCCUCAACGAUCUGUUUGGUAUUCAGACGCGUGGCGGAUGCGCAUGCGCCGGCCCGCUCGGCGCAUACCUCCUCCAGCUGACGCGGGCAGAGAUCCAGGCGUUCUUUGAGGCCAUGUCGCUCGACGAUGACUCGGCGAUUGUCAAGCCCGGCUUUUCGCGGUUUGGCCUUGCCUACUUUUUCAACGCCGAAGACGUCAAGUACAUGCUCGACGCGCUGGCCUUUGUGGCCGAGCACGGGUACAAGUUCCUCACCGUGUACGAGAUUGUCAACGGCUCUGACUGGGUCCAUGUCGGCUUCAGCAACCGCAUGCGGACGCUCCGCGACAUCUCGUAUGACGCUGGCUGCAUGUCGCACGCGCCCGAGAUCCACACCGGCAAGGUCGCGCCAGGCGAGCUCGCGGCGGCCCGGGCGUCGUACCUUAAGCACGCCCGCAAGGUCCUCGCUGAGAUCGAGGCCGAGCCGCCGGUCAUUGAGGAGGAAGAGCACCCGGUCUUCCAGUCGCCGUACCGCUGGUUUGUCCGCCCGUCGGACGCAUCGCGGAUGCUCCGCGGCGAGCCCAUGCAGUUUGUGCCCGAGCAGACGUUCACGCCGAUCCAGUUUAAGUAA